GAAAACUCACGAAUUAUUGAAGAGAAAGGAGGAUAGAUCUGUUCUUUGUGCUUUUCCGAAGACAGCAAGGAACAGUGGAAAGAAUAUCUUGUGUAAUAUCAUUACCCUCCCGACAAAUAUUUAACAAGCACCUACAAAAUGUAAAUUAACAUCUGAGUAUAAGGUGGGCUGUCGGGGAAAACCUUCACUGUCUCAGGAACACUCCAGCACUGAUAGGUAAGAAUCAGGGAGACCCCUCGGCUAGGUGAAGGCAUGGACACGAGGAUUCCCAAACGUCCCUUACGUCACUGAACCAUGAAGGAUUCAGGAACUCAUGUAGAAGGACUGGGGAGGUUGAAUUUGCUUUGUCACAUAAGUACACUAAACAGGUCACUCCAACUCUAAAUGCUACCACCACAUCUGUCCCAAGGACAACCCCAAGGACAUAAAGAUCAAGCCACUGUCGACUCUAGUAAAAAUAACAAAGUCACAACAGGUAACCUCGAGAGGCAUAUUUUCCCUUUAGGACAUUAGUGUCUUUUAUGCACAAAUGCACGUGUUUAAAAUGCCCCACAACACAACUUUAAUAACAGUAAUGCUGAAAACCCCGUGGCUCCCAGAUUCCAAACUUCCUGAGAACAAGGGGCCCAUUUCCUUGUCUUUCUUCCUUCAUACUGAGUACAGUUGUCAGGGCUUGGUUGAGGCCCGAAGUUCUUUGACGAAUUAAUGUAAGCCGUCUCAGCUUUCUCCUCUUCCGGCGAAUGUAUUCAGAGUUUUCAAUAGAGAGGAACUGAAACAAUCCAGAGCGGCCCGUCACCCACAGUUCCACCAGACUCAGGAUCGGGAUGAGACAAAAACUUAAGCAGGCUUCUGGGACAACUAAGCAACACGAAAGCUGUGACAAAGACUAAAAUGGAUACGAACAAGGCAAGGAAACGUAGUUUGACAACCUUCCCAGUUUUGAAAGCAAGAAAGAAGCAGAGUUUCACCUCCGUGAAGGGUCCCACUCUUCCUCCUGAUAUCUACAUGGUUGAGAGUAAGCCUUUGGUUCAACUCCAGAAGCCAUCCUCCAAGACCAAGAAGCUGAGAUCAAACCGAUGUUCACAAAAGAAUCCAAGUACCAGCAGCAGUGCAUUCCCUUUUGUGGACACAAAGGGGAAGAAGAACACAGUUAACUUCCCCCACAUUGGCAACAAAACCCUACCAAAGGGGUCCACAUUGUAUCAGGAAAAUCAGAUUCAUAAUCAACUGCUGUCCUCUGAACUCAAGACCUCAGAAAUACCUUUUAGCUUUAGCACCAAAGCCCAAGACACCAAAGUCCAAGACACCAAGCUCCAUCCAGAACUACCAAAGAGGCACAAAGUCCCUCUUACAGCAGCAGAGGCCCUAAAGUUUUUUAAGAAUCAGCUGUCCCCUUAUGAACAAAGCGAAAUCCUGGGCUACUCGGAGCUGUGGUUCCUAGGGCUUGAUGCCAAGAAGCUCAACGUGGUUCCGGAGAAGUUCAGCAAGACAAGCUUUGAUGACGAGCACGGUUCCUAUGUCAAGGUCCUGCAUGACCACAUUGCCUACCGAUACGAGGUUCUGGAUAUGAUCGGGAAAGGGUCCUUUGGACAGGUGGCCAAGUGCUUGGAUCACAAAAACAAUGAGUUGGUGGCCCUGAAAAUCAUAAGGAACAAAAAGAGAUUUCACCAUCAGGCUCUGGUGGAGCUGAAGAUCCUGGAGGCCCUCAGAAGAAAGGACAAAGACAACACCCACAACGUAGUCCACAUGAAGGACUUCUUCUACUUCCGGAAUCACCUCUGUAUCACCUUUGAACUCCUGGGAAUCAACCUGUAUGAGUUGAUGAAGAAUAACAGCUUUCAAGGCUUCAGUCUGUCCAUAGUUCGGCGCUUCACCCUUUCUGUUUUGAAAUGCUUACAAAUGCUUUAUGUAGAGAAAAUCAUCCACUGUGACCUCAAGCCGGAAAAUAUUGUGCUGUACCACCGGGGCCAAGUCACUGUUAAAGUUAUUGACUUUGGGUCAAGCUGCUAUGAACACCAGAAAGUUUAUACAUACAUCCAAAGCCGGUUCUACCGAUCCCCCGAGGUGAUUCUGGGCCACCCCUAUAACAUGGCCAUUGAUAUGUGGAGCCUGGGCUGUAUCAUGGCUGAGCUGUACACCGGAUACCCACUGUUCCCUGGGGAGAACGAGGUGGAGCAGCUGGCUUGCAUCAUGGAGGUGCUGGGCCUGCCACCUACCCACCUCAUCCAGACAGCCACCAGAAGACAGAUAUUCUUCGAUUCCAAAGGUCUUCCCAAAAAUAUAACCAACAACAGAGGGGAAAAAAGAUACCCGAAUUCCAAGGACCUCCCGAUGGUGGUGAAAACCUAUGACUCCAGCUUCCUGGACUUUCUCAGAAGGUGUUUGGUGUGGGAGCCUUCUCUGCGCAUGACCCCUGACCAGGCCCUCAAGCAUGCCUGGAUUCACGAGCCGAGGAAAUUCAAACCAUGGCCCAGGCCUCAGAUCCAAAGGAAGCCUGGUGUGAGUAGCUCCUCUGAGACAAGCAAGGACAAGACUGAAGAGCACCAGGCCAGCAAAGGCACAAAAGAUGAGGCCACCAAAGAAACUACAGACAAGUUGAAAGAUGAGCCUGAGAAGCACCCUGAGAGUUCGUGCAAACGGCAGAGCUCUAUCCAGCACUUAGCCAACACAGUCCAGCUGCCUAAUCUAGCAGAAGCUUCUGGAAAGCCAGAGGCUGUUGCUGGGUCAGAGACGUCCGAAGAACAACAAUGCACCUCCUCCCCCAAGAGCACAAACAUUUUACCACCCAUCAUGUGACCCUUGUGGAGGGCGUGUCCUGUCCCUCCAGCCCCACCAUCGAUUUGUAUUAGAGAAGGCACUUUGUACAAUACUUCACACUGCUUUUUUAUUGCAUAAAGGUUUGUAAGAAAAAUCAAA